AUGCCAGAACUUGAAGAAAAAACCAAUCUUUUUCUAGUGGGUUAUGCAUUACCCUCAAGAAAGAUCGAAGCUUUCAUGGUGGAAUCAUUCAUCACCUAUGCCAAACAACAAGGCAUUCAAUUCAUCCCGAUUGAUAUUUCAAAACCAUUAAACGAUCAAGGACCAUUUGAUUGCAUAAUUCACAAACUUUACGGCCAAGAAUGGGACCUCAACCUCCAAAACUUCUCCAUCAACCACCCUAACGCCACCAUAAUCGACCCGCCCUCCUCCAUCCAACGCCUCCACGACCGCGUCUCAAUGCUCGACCCCAUACCGAGUCUCAACAUCCCACAACUCAAAAUCCCAACCCAAAUUGUUAUCCAAGAUGUCGAAUCAUUAAAAUCUAACGAUUUUCGCUUUCCAUUGAUGGUGAAACCGCUGCUUGCAGACGGGUCUGCCAACGCGCAUAACAUGUCACUUGUGUUUAACCAAGAAGGGUUAACCAACAAGCUCGAACUCGAUCCACCCAUGGUGCUACAACAGUUUGUAAACCACGGAGGGGUCGUGUUUAAGGUUUACGUAGCGGGUGAAUAUGUUAAAUGUGUGAAAAGAAGUUCAUUGCCGGAUGUUUCAAAAGAGAGCAUGGAGAAACUGGCAGUGGAAUCCGGUGGAGUUAUGAGCUUUUCGAAGAUAUCGAGUGCGGUGAUUUCGGGUGAUGAAGGGGGAAGUAAUGAGAGUGUAGAGAUGCCUGACCCGGUGUUUAUUGAUGAGGUGGCUAGAGGCUUGAGACUUGCUCUUGGAUUGCAUCUUUUUAAUUUUGAUAUGAUUAAAGCUGAUAAAGAAGAUGGGUAUCUUGUGGUUGAUAUUAAUUACUUUCCGGGUUAUGAGAAGUUACCAUCUUAUGAGUCUGUAAUGACUGAGUUCUUCUUGAAUGUAAAGAAAUCACAGGAGUUGAAGAUGGUGACCAUGGAGCUUGUUAAGGAUGAUGGGUUACACGAUUAA